AUGGAGGGGACGACCCAGAUUGUGUCCAUCGUCGGGCAGCUGGUGGGGGAGGAGUACCGGCAGCUCCGCGAUGUAGCCGGCCAGGUGGCUGAGCUCAGGGACGAGCUGGACACCAUGAACGCCAUCCUCCGCAUGCUGUCCGAUGCCGACGAGGGCGCCGUGGACCACUUCAUCCGGGCGUGGAUGAAGCAGGUUCGCGAGCUCGCCUACGACGCGGAGGACUGUGUUCACCUUUACAUCCUCCGCAUCCGGUGCCGGCCGAGAGACGGCUUCCUCGUCUGGUCCAAGCGCAUCCUCACGACGCUCUUCCCUCGCCGUCGGCUGGCUCGUGAGAUCCAGGAGCUCCGCGCCCGUGCCGUCGUGAUCAGUGAGCGUCAUGCGCGUUACGGCGUCAGCCGUAAGGCGCUGAGCCGCUCUACUUCUCCUUCUACCUCUGCGCCGGUGCUCCGCCAUGCGCGCAGCCUGGCAGCAAACGACCGUGACCAUCUCGUGGGCAUCACGGAGCAGGCUAAGGAACUGGCCACGAUGGUUAAGGCUGUGAUUAACAGUGAGCGUGACAUGAAGCCCAAGGUGUUCUCCAUCGUGGGGUUCGGAGGGCUCGGGAAGACUACGCUGGCCAUGGAGGUGUGCCAGCAGCUGGAGGCGGACUUCCAACGCCAAGCACAAGUCUCCGUGUCCCAGGCGUUCCGCGGCACAAAGGAUAUGGAGGGACUGCUGAGGCGCAUGCUUCGUCAAAUCGUCAAGCCAAAAGUAGAUAACGCGCAAGGCAUCAAGGAAGAGGAACCCCUAGAUGACAUCGACAACAAGGAUGAAGACGACCUCACUAACAUGCUCAAGGAGCUUCUCAAGGACAUGAGACUCCUUGCGCAUCUUCACCGGCGGGGUUGGGGCGGCUUGGACCGGAUUCGUAGCAGCGGCGAGCGCGCGUGCCUUCCCGGCGGCAGUUGUGGUAGCGCCGCUCUAGACGACGAAGUUGCCCUAGCGCUUGCGGGGAUGGGCGGUGGAGGCUUGAACGGCGGCGAGCGCAACAUGGCCGGCGAUGAGAUCUUCUUCAGGGUUGGUGCGUCCAUGACUUCCACGGUGAUGGGUGACGGCUGGAAGGCGUCCAUGGCGGUGCUACAGAGCUGGGGAAGGUACCUCAUUGUGGUGGACGAUGUAUGGACAGUAGCAACAUGGGAUGCAAUCAAAUACAGGUUGCCAGACAACAACCAAGGCAGCCGGAUAAUUGUGACCACUCGGAUAGAUACUGUGGCUGCAGCAUGCAGUGGUGCUAGCAGUGUUAAUGAAAAUCGCGUUUAUCGGAUUAAGCCCCUCAGUUUGGAAGACUCCAAGAAGUUGUUCCUCAGCAGAGCAUUUGGUCCCAAGGUUGCCUCUUGCCCCAAGGGUCUGGUAGUUGAAAUGCACAAAAUUUUGAAAAAAUGUGGUGGACUUCCAAUGGCAAUUAUUAGCAUCGCAGGCCUCUUGGCAAGCUACCAAUCAUCGGAGAGCAAAGAUAUGUGGGAAAGAGUUCACAAGUCGAUUGGUUCUCACAUGGAGAGCCAUCCUACCCUUGAGGGGAUGAGGCAAAUAGUUACUCUCAGCUAUAACCACCUCCCUCAUUACCUUAAGGGUUGCAUGAUGUACCUCAGCAUUUUCCCAGAGGAUCAUGUCUUCGCCAAAGAUUGUCUCCUGAAGAGAUGGAUAGCAGAAGGACUAGUUACUGAGGUCCGGGGUUUGACCUUAAUGGAGGUUGCAGAAGCCCACUACAAUGAGUUGGUGAGUAGAAGCAUGAUUGAUCGGUCCAGUGAUGUAGUCACCUUCUAUGAUGGGAGGUUGGAGAUGUGUCGGGUGCACGACAUGAUGCUUGAGGUCAUGGUGAACAAAUCCCUGGAAUGUAACUUUGUUAGCCUAGUAGGUGGUCCGUACAAAGGGAUGGCGUAUGAUAGGAUUCGCCGCCUAUCCAUCCAUGGUGGUGAAGAGACAGAGGGCUCUCCAUCUAAUAGAACUGCGGCAUGUCUUAGUAAGACAAAUGGCAUCGAGGGGGUGAAGAUGGAUCAUGUCCGAUCGUUGAGCCUAUUUGGCUCCGAAGAUCACAGAAAGGUACUUGAUCGUUUAGGCGAGUUCACCCUACUCAGGGUGCUUGACCUGGAAGACUGCAUGGGCCUAGAAAACAAGCAUUUGAGACAUGUCUGCCGGAUGUACCUGCUAAGAUUUUUGAGCAUGAAAGGUACAAGUAUCGAGAAGAUGCCACCAGAAGUCGGUGACCUAGAGAAUUUGGAGACCCUUGAUCUACGUCACACGUUCCUAGAAGAUCUACCAGAAACUGUGUCAAAGCUAGAGAAACUUGAACACCUGCAAAUCAGCAGCAGGCGUUACUUUUACGGUGAUAGUUGGACUGCACGCAAGGGCCUGCGUAGGAUGAAGGCACUACGGACGGUGAAUGAAGUGGUUUUUAAAUGUGAUGUUGAUGCUGCCAAAGAGCUCGGUGAACUACAACAGCUGAGAGAUUUACGUAUGGCCGUUGUCAGCGAGCCCCCUAAUGAGGAAGCUAAGAAAAAGCUUGCUGAGUCCCUGAGCAAGUUAUAUUCCCUCCGGUGGCUCAACAUUAGUGACCGUGGUCCGGACAAGGAUGUAUUGAACUUUCUGCAUAAUGUCAAGCCGCACCCGCCGUACCUCCAGUAUCUAAGGAUCGGCUCCCACAUUGACAAAUUGCCCGAGUGGGUCGAGUUUCUGCAUGAUCUUGUCGAGCUUUCCGUUGCUUGGACAUACUUUGGUGGUGACCAACUGUUCAGCCCAAUAUGUAAUCUGCCCAAGCUGAAGUACUUAGACUUGGACGCGUACUGCUACCAAGAUAAAGAGCUGGUUGCAAAAGCUACCCAGAGCUUUCCGGCGCUCAAGGACCUGUACCUGAAAUUUGAGAAUGGGGCUGUGGAAGUUCUCCGAUUUGAGGACAGAUCAAUGACAAAACUUGAGUCACUCAGAGUGAGAUUCGCAACCACAGAUUCUAAGAGCGUAACUGGCAUCGAGCAUUUGACAAGCCUUAAAGAGGUGCAACUCAUUGGUAAGAAAAACAACUCUUCAUUGGAAGAUACAGUGGGGCAGCUAAAGACACUGAAUGAGAAGCGCCCGGAUCAGCAGCUCAAGGUUGCAGUGAAAUACGAGUGA